AUGAUUCAUCUGCCGCCUCUGGUUUCCUAUCGCCUCUCCCAAAGCCACUUCUGCCUCGGCGUCACUGGCUCUCGAACCGGUUGCCUCUCGUCCCACCAGAUCGUUGGACACGACGAGGCAAGUGAGAACGCUAACUUGUCACUCGGCCCAACAACGGCAUCAACCGGCCAGCUCACGUUCUGUUGCCAUGCCAAGCCGGAACGACCGAGUUGGCCCAUCCAAGGGGGCGACGGAUUGCGGCGUCAAGUUGCCGAUGCAACCACCGGUCGCAUUGGGGCUGGCGCAUUCGAUUCAGUACUCCUCUCCCCUCCCAUCUUGCCAACCAGUGGCCAGCCCGAGCCUGAGGAGAUGGCAUUUUGCCCGACCUGUUAG